CCUCUUCCGUCGGGGGGGCCGAGUCAGAAGAGGCUGCGGGACCACUCGACGCCUACAAAGCGGAGAGAAUUUCGAAGCGAGAGACCAACCGACCGACCGGCCGGGCGCGGCGUCGCGCGGAACAGAAUCCACACACACACACACACCGGGAGAAGAGAAGGGCCUCGAGCCCUGUUGGGUCGGUACGGGUGCCGUUUCUUCGAGAGCCAGUCGAGUGUCACCGAUAGCGGAAUCGAUAGCGGCCCGAGGGCUUUCGUGCGCGCCGACGGAUGUGAUCUCGUUAACGGAAGGAUGCAGCCAGGGGUGACAGUGGUUCUGGCUACGGUCUGGCUUGUGGUGUACGCGAACGCGGUUGGGACGGCCACCCACCGUCCCUCCCGCCUUACCCUCGAUCAAUACUCCCCCUCGCACCGCCACCACCGACGCCACGGAGUUUAUGGAGGAACCGAGGAGGACCGACUCGGCUGGAAGGAUCGGAAUCCUGUCGAGGAUCACCAGGUCCACGCAUCGAUCCCCCAGUCCAGAUCUCAAAACAAACUUCCACCCAUACACGAAACUGAAUCAAAGGAAGACCCGUUCAAGGAUCUGGACUUCGUAAUUUACCGGUCGCGCGGCUACGGAAAGGACGUCAACAGCUACUUUUCGUCUUUGUCAGAAGACGCGAGACAAUCCAGCGAGUUCACAGAGGAAAGAGCAAACGAGGAAGACGAUGAGACAAAGGAAUCUUCGCGGCGCGAUUUGCCUCCGCCGGCCGAAUUGAAAGACCCUUUUGUGGCCGACGACACGUUCCAAGAUCAAGGCCCGGGCUCGGUCGAGAUAUACAAGUUAGACCUACUGCUGUUGGAUCCCACGCCUGCUACCAGGUUGCCGUUCAAGGGCAAGGUGCCGAAGAAGACCUGGCACUGGAAGAGCAAAGAGGCGAGCCCGAACAUACUCCGCAAACAGUCGAACGCGAUUCCGUUCGACGAGUCGCGCACGGAGAAUCCGGCGUUCAACGAUCCUUUCAGCGUCGGCGGCGUGCCGGAGCUGCAAGUCGGCUGCGAGGGCUUGGAAGCGUCCGACAUAACGAGCAGAGAGAAGAGAUCGAUCGAUGUUCCCAAAGAGAAGGGAAGAGACGUCGACCCGUGGACGGGCAUCACUCCGAUAACACUAGAUUUAGAUUACGAAGAGGAGGAGGAGGAGGAGAUGGACGAACUAUUGAAUCUUAAGAAACUAGAAACGACCACGGUCGGGACGAAGCGGAACAGGGGGGACAUGGAGGCGACUCUCGACUUCCACCGGGACGAGGUGGACGCGGAGAAACUACCGGUCCGCGGGGACCUGGGUAAGACCGGGUCUGGUAACGAGUCCGAGGCAGAGGGAAAGUCUCUGCAUUUUAAUAAAUCUAAGCGAGAUACCGGAAGCCUAUUCGCUUCUCGGGGAGCUAAUCAACGUAAAAUAUUGUGGCUCGAUGAUCCCGAGGAAGGGAAGAGGAGAUCACGCGACGUUUGGGGCUUCGCGGAGGACGAGGGGGUGGUGUCUAGCGACGAGCUGCAAACGGUGAACCAGAGACGAAGACUGGCUUACGAGCGACGGUUAAAGGAGGAAGAAGAACGCAGGAGACGGGAAGAGGAGUGGAAGAGACGCGAGACGGACAGAAGGAGUCACGCGGAAAAUCGGACUAACACCGACAUAGAGAAGAUCAGAGAGGAGUAUGAGAGAUCGCUGGAACUUAGACGGAGACAGGACGAAGAGCGGCGACGGCGAUUGCAACAGGAAGCUCAGCCGACGAACAGGUGGCAGAUGGAGGAAGAGCGGCGGAGGCUGCAAGAGGAACAGUCUAGGAGGAAUCGAUGGCAGGACGAAGAACGGAGGAGGCAGGAAUUGGAGUCUCGCAGAAGGUACGAUCCUCGAACGUACGAAGAGGAGAGAAAGAGGCAGCAGCAACAGGAAGAGGAGAUGAGAAGACGCGAGGAGAAUCGUUUGAGAGAGCAAGAGAGGCAGAGGAGACUGCAGGAACAGGAGGAGGCUCGUAGAAGGGAGUCGGACAGGAGGAACCUAGACGAGAGGAAGAGAGAGUGGAUGAUGAAGCAGAGGCAGGCGGAAGAAGAGAAGAGGCGAAGGCAGCAGGAUAGGAACGAACCCUCCAACUUGCUGUAUCCUCCUCGGGGCGGUUCCAACGACACCAGGUCGUACGACAGAGAAACGGAGCGGAGAUUAUGGGAGCAACGGGAGAGGGAGCGUCAGAGAAAGUUGAACGAGUACAUUGAACGCAAUCGACCGAUCAACGUAAACGAUUCGAUCGACCGACGGAGGGAGGAAGCGAACAGGCGCAGGGAGGAGGACGAGAGGGUGCGGAGGCUUCAGGAAGAGAGGAGGUUGCAAGAGUACAUUCGGCGUAAUCAACCGGUGCGCGUGUCGAAGGUGAACGAAUCGGAUGGAAGAAGCGUCGACUACAGGAGAGAGUAUGAUCGGUCAAGGUAUCCGGGUCCUGGAAGCGGAAGAAGAAAUCACGGUCCAUCGGCCCCGACGAAUAUCGAUCCGUGGACUGCAGAUGCCGGAAGGAGAGAGGCUGCGAGAAGGAUCGAGGAGGAGAGGAUCCGCGAGAGGCAGAGGAAGGAACAGGAAGAUCUGAGGAGAGAGGCACUGAGGCGAGAAGAGGAGCAGAGGUGGAUGCAGUCGAGGCGAUACGAGGAGCAACGAAAAAGGCAGCAGGCGGAGAGGCUGGCGAGAGAAGAACGAGAGAAGGCUGCUAGAAGAAGUCAGCUUGGAGGAUCAACGGAGAAUACGAGGGUCGGGGAUCGUAGACGAUUCCCGGAGCCGGGAAGGAGACAGGACACGAGUCUUAUUCCGGCCAAUUUAGUUUCGAACGAGUCGAGGAGAGCCGCGGAGAGACAAAGGCAGGAGAUGGAGAGGAGGCGGCUGGAGGCUGAGAGGCAACGGCAAGAGCAGCAGACCAGAGCAAAAGAGGCGAGGCAGAACGAGCAACGAGCCAGCCACUUGAAAGAGCUAUGGAGACGACAGGAAGAGGCCAGGCUGAACGCGUUGCCGGUGAGCGCGAGAAUAAUAGUCAAACCCUCAUCCGUGCCUAACGUGAUACCAAGGAUGGGAGGAGACCUCGAUAUCGAUUUCCCGGGAGCCAGCCCUCAUCGGCCUGGGAUGCCAGUGCCGAAUUUUCCUUCCCCGCCGACCAGGCAUGUACAGGGCCCUCCACCAUGUGUUUGGGCGGUCGUUCACUGUUGUACUUCGGUCACGAACAACCGGCUGGUCUUCUGUUUCGAGACGUUGGGCUGUCCCGGUGUCAACUGGGACCGAAACCCGUGCCGGGGCUCGAUCGUCAAUGCCGCGAGAGACGAGGUACGCAAAUUCUACGCCGAGAACGAUGAGAUGGACUCUCGUUCACGUUUUCACUGAUAAAACGAAAUCUGCUUCGGCCAGUCGCACGACAGUUCUAAAUGCAGGUUGAGCCUCGAAAUACAAGAAUUUUGUUUUAUUUAAUCACCUCCGUAAAAUCCAGUCGUUACUCGUUAUUGACUCAGCCUGUACGCGUUUCACCUUGUGUUCUUUUCGACUCAAGAUUCUGCGAACCUUCCGAACACGUUAUCUGACACACAAAUAAUUAUAUCAAAGAAAUCUGCAGAGAGGAUUUGUCCAGAGUCUUGAUGUAUAAUUUUAACUAUAAGACGUAACGUGCAGUAUUUGCUUGGAACAUACUUUAGGUCGAACAGGAGCUGCGCGGUGUUUUCUAACGAAACACCGGAGUCAGCGGUUUGUAUGGUUUGAUAGCAGUCAAACAAGCGAUGUCGAAGCCAUUGAAUCGUUACAGGCUCGCGGCAGAAACGAAACGGGCAUCGUGUUAUGCUUUACGGAUCUGAUAGCUAAUUCAGAGAGUUAGCCAAUAUUCAACAGAGAGUAACUAAUCGUUUAGUAUUGGCCGGACGCCCGGCUUCGCUGCCCAGUCAGUUAGCGUGUAAAAAUAUAACUAUAAAGAGAGAACGAGAGAGAGAGAGAAAGAGUGAGAAUGAUAAACGGUGUAUACGUGUAAUUAAGCAUGUUCGCUUCGCGUUUAACAAAUUAAGACACGAGUCGACGACAGAUGUUGCAAGCGAUCAAAACUAGUUCUUACGAAUUAUAUUACGUUGUCUCUAAUUGAAACUUUUUCAUAUAUCUCGACGAUGUUCCAUUGAAUUUCGUAGAAUACAUUUGUUCGUUCGUGUCUUCAAAUAACUGUUAACUAUGAGCUCUCGAUUUUUUCUUGUCUCGUAUAGCAGCCUUCGAGAUUUCAGCAGCUUUCUCACAUGUGAUAUAAUAGUUAGACUGUUAAUUCGCAGUAGCGUAACGAGUAUUAUGGUUGACCGAAAAGCUCUCUCAAGAACAACUGUAAUAUAUACGUGUAAACCCAAAGGAAAUGUAACAGUAAUUUUUGUAAAUGUGUUACGGAAGAGCGUAGUGACAAGAUUUAGUAUGUUUCGUUCUAAUUCGAUCAUUUAGGAAAGUAACAUAGAAAUAUUUUUCUACUCGAGGUAAAGAGGAAUUAUGCUUAGAGAUUCUUAGCUCGUUGUAACAUUCGCUGUAUGGAAUUUGCGUUACGAAUCUUUCUGAAUAAAGACGUCUAACUCAAAAUCCUUUA